UGCGAAGAGACUUGCCCAAGACUUUCGGCGGGCCACGUUGUCAAGCCAUGGGCACCACCCCGCGGACCCGCACGCCGCGCAUGCUGCGGAGCAUCAAACCAGGGGAGGGAGUGCUGGCAUGGAAGGCUUACAGGGAUCGCCAGACAAAGGACCUGAUGCAUCGCAGCGAGUACCUGGCCACGUUGGUCUCCGGAGCUUCCGAGAUUGAGACGGAGCUGGUGCCACCACUGGAGGACUUGAGAGCAUCACUACUCUCUGCAGUGCCGGAUGUGCUUUGCGUUGCCCGUGAGCGACUGGGUCAGUACCCGCCGGAGGAGGGUGACUCCUGGACCUGCAUGGCGCUGGCGCCAAGGGCGCGGACGCCGCGGGACGCGUGGCCCUCGGAGGUCCCAAAGCAGAGGGAGCAGCUGCUGCACACAGCUAAGCUGGUGAGAGCUCGUCACAGACCCGACUGGCAGGCCUGCUCGGAACAAGUCCAGGUGGCGCAGGCAUUCGACCGGGAUGGAACUGCUGCCCAUGUGCUGCACGGCCAUCAAGCAGUGCAGGACGCCUGCUGGCAUGUGUCACGGAUGAUGGAGUCCCAAGCCACAGAUUCGGUACACAACAAGGCAAAGCACCGGAUCAACACCAAUCUGCUGAAGGUGGGGCGCGUGCCCGGGCUCCACCCGGAGGCAUUGGCGGACGACCACCAGACAACGUUGUUGGCGAAACAGCAGAGGCAACAGUCUGGCUGCAAGGUGGUGCAUGCGCGUGAGGCCGCGGCAUCCCGGCCACGGGACACCUCAAAGCCGGAGAUGCAGUUCUCGGCCUUCUUGAGCCAGCUGAUGUACCAGGGCAUGGAGGCCACAGCGAGCCGCUUCGAGCGGCUGGACGGUCUCGAUCCCGGUUCCACGUUCAAGUUCUCCGUCCUGGGCGGCCAGAGCGUGCGCCGGGAGGACAAGCUGCCGCGGCACACCAUGCCGCCGGCCAUUGUGGCGGCGCCAGAUCCUGCGCCGGUCUUCUCUGCGGGGCACUACUUCGAGGUGACGGUGACCAGCCUCUUCGAGCGCGUGAGUGAGGCGGACAGGCCGCGAAUUGCAGACUCCCUGGGCCGCACAGCAGGCAUGGUGUUGGGGUUCAAGGCUGGCCCGCCUGUGGAAGAGGAUGAGCUCGCGAAGGACAUCUCUGGCGUGGGGAAUUCUUGGUGCAUCUCCUCCAACGGGUGGUUCUUCUCGCAGCUGGGGCGGCCGUUACCUCAACAGCGGCGGCCCAUGACCCAGAUGCGGGCCACCCCGGACCCGCGGCCCUGCUGGCGCAGCCGCCCGCCGCCGAAAUGCGAGCAGCUCAGUUGCCCGUGGCCGCCCGGCUCGCGGGGCCCCGGCUUCGUGUCAAAGCACUUCGACUGGUCCGUGGCGUUGAUGGAGGGCGAUGUGCUGGGGCUGCUGGUGCUGCCCUGCGGCGGGCUGGUGAUGACAGUGAACGGUCGCAGAGAGCUGGUCGUGGCGGAUGCCUCUCGGCUGGCAAAAAAUGGCCGACCUUGGCAG